GCUGUAUGGAAUCAUUCGCCAAUCUUCCCAACUUGAAACGGCCAAGCAAGCAACAAGCAGGAAGCAGGCAGGCGAAGAUGUCUGCACGACGACGGCCACCGCUUGGUGGCAUGAACACGGCCACGGGCCCACCACCGGGCAAGGCGCGCAACACGGUGGCCACCAUGUCUCGAGACGACCUUGAAGACGCAUACUUGCGUAUGAAGGACAAAGUCAUGGAGUACAAAACCACGGCAAAGGAUGCAGAGACCCAAAACACAAAAUUGCAAACACAGGUUUCACGGCUCACAAAACAACUGCAAAAGCUGUCAAAGGGGUUCAACGCUCCAGAAGCCUUUGAGAUGGUUGAGAUGGAAAACAAAGUUGCGGCGCAGGAAGCGCGCAUCGCCCAACUCGAACAGAAUAAUCAAACACUGCAGCGAAAACUUGCCGUGGAGAAGCAACGGACAGCCGCUUCUGGUUCAAAGCGAAAAGGGUCGUAUGCUGGUGUCUCAUCUGUUGUGCGCCGUGAGUCCAUGGGUCUGACGCCUGGACGGGAGCAGAAGCUCAAGUCGCGUAUCGCGACACUCGAAGAUGAGAUUGCGCACCUCAAGGCCGACCUCGAGCGAGAGAGUACGGCGAGGGCUGCGGCGGAGGCGCUGGUGACGGAACGCGAUGGAGAAGUGGAAGAGCUGCAAUCCCACGUGGCAGCAGCGGGUCGACGUAUCCAAGAACUCGAGACAUCCUACCACGAGCUGCUUAAACACAACAAGAAGGCGUCCAUCAAGGACGACGUGGAGGUGAUCCGCAUCAAGCGGGAGCUGCGCGACAAGGCACAGGCCCUGGCCGACCUGGAGAGCAAGUACGAGACGGCAUUGCGGCAGAUGGAAGAGCUGUCAUCCAGCCACGAGCACGCAACAUCACAGCUGCGCGACCACCAACAGAAGCUGACACAGAGCAUGCAGUCGAAUGCAGAGCUCAAGGCCCUGCUGCAAGCAGAAGAGGUGCGAGCGCAGCAGCUGCCACACAAGGAAGUGCAGAUCAAGAACCUCAAGGCCGAGAUUGAGUCGCUGAAGCAGGCGAACAGGGAGCUGGUGGCGACGGCGUUCGACCAGGAGCGCGAGCGGCAGCACGAGGCAAUGCGGCAGGAGAUGCAGCGUGCGCUGGAUGAGGCGAGGGCGGAAAGAGAGAAAGCAGAGGCAGAGUGCACACAGCUGCGGAGCAAACUGGCAGACGAGACAACAGCGCUGGCGACGAAAACACGCGACUACCGGGAGGCGCACACUGAGCUUCUCAACGCACGUGCCCAGGUGGAGGACUUGCAGGGCAAGCUGCAGUUCUUUGUACGGGAGAGCUCGGUUGACCUGCGAGAGGUGGAGGAGGCGUUGGCGAUGGUGCGGCGAAGGCACGAUGCAGAGAAGGACAAGGAGGCGCUUGCGUUCCUCCACAAGGUGGAUGACGAUGAUGACGAUGAAGAUGAUGCCAACGGUGAUGGUGCUGGUCGUGCCGGGAGAAGAGGAAAGGCGGGAAAACACGACGAGCUGCGAGCGCUGCAGCUGGCGAAUUCGGACGCGUAUGUGGAGAUUGACAAGCUGCGGCGCAUGCUGGAUCUGGAGCACAGCAUCUCGAGCGAGUACAAGCACAAGGUGAGCGACCUUGAGCAGCGGCUGGCGGAGAAGCAGCAGCGACACGACGAGGAAAUGACAGAGCUUGCGCAGACGGCCGACACGCGCCUGCAUCGCAUUCGGCAGCUGGAGCAGCAGCUGCGCGAUGUGGCGUACGGUGUGCACCAGGUUCGCAUCCGCCGCGGUGAAGGCAAGGCAGGCGACCGUGCCGCUGGUGGCGAUGGCGGCGACGGUGAGCAGCACGGCAGGGUCGCGACGACAUCGGCACCAGGGGCGGUGCAGUGGCGUGGCGUGGGCGACGCCGCCGCCGCGCAAGGGCCGCGUGAUACGGAAACGUUGGGGGAUGCCAGCGUGCCCGAGACGCUGGAUGUGGCGCGAGGGGACAACGUGUUUGAGAUGCACAUUGUGCGAGUGGAGGUGAACGAGGAUGCUGGUGGUUUGCUGAGCACGAGCGUGCCGGCGCUGUUUGUUUCGUACGACUUCUUCGACUUCCAAACGCAGUCCACCACGGUUCGCGUGGGGAUGCGGCCUGUCUUCAACGAGGCGUCCACCUUCCUCGUCACCAUGAACGACGUGUUUGUCAAGUACCUGUACAAAGGUGGCAUGGUUGCCGAGCUGCACCAGGCCUUUGGCAGCAGCUUCGACACCAUCGCCGCCGCCCGUAUCAGGUUUACCCCUCUCAUCAUGGACGAGGCGGGCGCUCGCGGCGAACGUGUGCACAUGGCGUGCAAGCUGUUCUCGUUGCGGCACCCGGCCACCGUGCUGGCGACGCUGUACCUGUGGAUGCGACUGCACGUGCCCAUGGAACGCGCCAUGCGGUUGUACAGGCAGCGGCUGCGUGCUGCAGACUUUUUGCAGCAGCCCAAGCACGACGGACGUGGUGACGGUGGUGCUGGUGAUGCUGCUGUGAAACAUGGGGAAGUACGAGGGCCAGCGGGCGCGUGGGAGCAAGCCGUCGUGGCAAAGCAGGGGACACAUGACGUGACGGCGGUUGAGCCUGGCUUGCCGGUGGUCGACAACGCACUCUCCAUCUCGAUCAUCUCUGGUCGAUUUGAUACCACGGCCGACACGCCACCGUCGCUGUUUGUUGCGUAUCAGGUGCUGGCGGAACCUGAAUUCAGCACGCGCACGGCACCGCACACGUGGACACCGUCGUUCCACAGCCAGCACACCAUUCCCUUCAAGGACACGCCGGAGAUGCACACCUUUAUUGAGACGGGCGAGCUCGUGCUCAUUGUGAUUGAUGACACGGACGCCAGUGGCAGUGGUGUUGGUGUUGGUGUGGACGAAGAUGGGACAACGCUGCGCGAUGUCAGUGCACGCCCCACUGCUUCUGCUGCCGUUCACGGCGCUGGCGGCGGUGGUGGCAACGGAGAUGAGGCGUCAUACUUUGGCGCGUGCCGUGUUGAGUUGCGUCAGCUCUUGUCGGCCCCGACGCACCGCGGCGAGUUUGAAGUUGUCAACGAGGAUGGCGCUGUUGUUGGGCAGCUAGUGGUUGCUGUUUCGCUGCACCACAUGCUACCCGAUGUUGUGAGGCAGGCAGCAGCAAGGGCACCCGAGCUUGGGCAUGCACAGGCGGAAGAGUGGCGCAGGCAAGCAAGCGAGUGGCGUGACGAGGCGGCAGUAUGGAAGACGGAAGCGCAGCACAACAGGCCGUCGCAUGACAGGAGCGAUUCCGCUGCUACUGCUGAUGCUGCUACUGCUGCUACCGCUGCUGCAGAAGAGCGACAACAACAACAACAACAACAACAACAACAACAACAACAACAACAACAACAACAACAACAACAACAACAACAACAACAACAACAACAACAACAACAACAACAACAACAACAACAACAACAACGUGGGUGGGCCCUUGCAUCGGAUGUGACCACAGAUGACGACGACGGUGAUGAUGACUAUAACGAGGGCGAAGAUGGUAGUGGGCGUGACCACAGUCACGAUCAUGUCAACGCUCCGCCAGAGACCCAGUCACAGCGGGAGCGCAGGAUUGUUGCCGCGAUUAUGGGAGAAGAGAGCGAGCGUGGUGAUGGGGAGGAUGGUGGUGCCGGCGACGACAAUGAGGAGAUGGGGGUGCACGCUGGAGAGAUGGCUGAGACACAACAACAAGAACACAUGGCCGACGUUGGGGAGCACGAGCGAGAACACGACCAAGCGGUACCGGGAGAGCAACGGGUACAUGAACAACAACAGGAAGAACAGCGACAACAGGAGGAGCUACAGCAACAACAGCAGCAACAAGAGACGAAGGAGGAAGAGCAUGCCGACGAGGAUAUACCAAACAUUGGGCAAGCCACCGGGGAGUUUGGCACAACUGACAAUGUGAGUUCGAAGCUGCUGUCUGGCACGCCGCCUCUAUCCUCAGAUGGGCAUUCCCGAGCAUCGACAGGCAUGUCGCUUUCGCCAACAAACACGCUGGGGACAGACACCACCGCCUCGUCGUCAUCAAAGGAGCGCACGGGUGGCAAGAAGAAGACGGUGUCAGUGUCGCAGGCGCCGCCCAUGUCCAUUCAAAUUGCAGGACUCGUGUUCCCGGAAUCGUCGGUGGUGUACAAGCAACCGCCUGGGACAUUUCUCUAUGUCAGCUACGAGUUUCUCGGCCUGCUCGGAGAUCAGCGCCUGGAGACGCCUGAAUCGCUGCCGAUCCCGCCAGCCAACACGAUUGUUCCCUGCGACCACGUGAACCGGUUUUUCUUCGACGGCCGCGCCGCAGAGGGCACAGAUGUGGCUGACAAGUCCAUCGUCAAGGGACUCAAGGCUCUGGCGAAGAGCAUCAAGGCAAAGGCCUCUGCGCUGGUCCAGUUUGAGGUCGUUGUUGUUGGCGACGAUCUCUGUGAUGCCAUUGGCGUUGCCACAAUCGACGUUGCUCAGUUGUACAUGGCAAACCGGGAUCUUGACGACGAGCAGCUGCCCAUCUUGGCUAUGAACAACCCUGGCGUCUGCGUUGGCCACAUCCUUCUCUCCACUCGCCUCAUGGAUACACUCAACUUUCUCCUCCCAAACACGCGCAAGAAGCUUCGUUCGUGAAGCUGGCGCUCAUACGCAAAGUUAGCUUAACUGAACCUCCCAACCUCUGUGUGUGUGUGUGUGUGUGUGUG